AUGGACCCCCUCACCCCAACACAACUCCAAUUUUUUUCACAGGACUUGGCAAAGAUUUCUAUCCAAAUGAAUGAACCCAUUGGACGUAUUGAAAUGAUUGUGGGACACUAUGGCCCCUUUGAAAAGGACCACACAUACGAAGUCCCACUUUGGGUCGGACUCUAUUUUAAGACGAAUAAAAUGUGUAAAGUGAUUAUACCAAGUUGGUUGCAUGUUGAACAACUUGAACAAUAUUUGGAAGCAGAAGAGACAUCGGAUCUCUUCUCUCCUCUUCCUUUUUAUUAUCAAGAAGUCGCUUAUUCACUAAUGAAAACAGCACCGGAAGACUUCGAGGACUUGGACAAGACCAGAAGCGUUUUUGAAGAACUCCGACAAUUCAGAAUGGAUAAGGUCAGAGCUGGUUUGCACUCGUUGAACAAAGACAUCGAAACUAUCAUGAUGACUAACGUGGGAGCUACAGAACUCGCACUUGCAAAGGGAUUUGCUUACAGCAUAUUUGAGUCGAUUUCACAAUUAACGGACGCUGCCGAAGGAGCGGAGAACCACGUCAACUUUAACUUGAGGAAGGCUGGGCUCAAUGAGUGA